GGCAAAAAGUUAGAAAAGAUAAACACGGCAGCUGCGCGUGUUGUGGAGAGGAGACCGGAAGCUGCUGCCAGGGAGACUGUGACGCCAGGGAGAGGCAGUGAUCUGCGCCAUGGAAGAGGAGAUGGGUGUUUCCGAUCAGGACUCGGACGCAGGGAGUGAAGAGGUCCUGACUCCUGCGGAGCUCAUCAGCAAACUGGAAGAGGCAUGGCUUAAUGAAAAGUUUGCUCCUGAGCUCUUGGAGAGUAAAUCUGAGAUUGUGGAGUGUGUGAUGGAGCAGCUGAAUCAUAUGGAGCAAAACUUGCAGCGAGCCCGGCAGGGGGAUCUCAAGAUCAGUUUCCAUCACAUGGAGAUAGAGAGGAUCCGCUUCAUGCUCAGCAGCUAUCUGCGCAGUCGCUUGCUCAAGAUUGAGAAAUUUUUCCCACAUGUCCUGGAGAAGGAGAAGACGCGCGGGGAAGGAGAGCCGCCACACUUGUCCCCGGAGGAGUUUGCCUUUGCCAAGGAGUAUAUGGCAAAUACAGAGACCUUACUGAAGAGUGUGGCCUUCCGACAUAUGCCCCCAAACCUACAGACUGUGGACAUGCUGAAAUGUGUCCCCAAACCAAACCUGGACUCGUUUGUGUUUCUAAAGGUGAAACAGGCGCAGGAGAACAUACUGGUGGAACCAGAGACCGACGAGCAGAGCGAAUACGCCAUAGACAUGGAAGUUGGGUCACAGCAUCUUAUUCGGUAUCGCACAAUAGCUCCUCUCGUGGCCUCGGGUGCAGUGAAACUCCUCUGAUACCACCAAAAUCUGCUGUGCACUGCUCAUUGCAAUACCAGGUUUAGCCAGUGUGAGGCAGAUGUUGUAUAAGUGAUUGACGCUCGGAUCCAAGAAAAGCUGAACAUUCCUGUUCUAUUCUCUGAUGCUCAUUCUACAGCAAAUAGAAUGUGAGGAUUGUCUUCUUCUGAACCGUAUAUCUGCCACCAGUAACGCUGGCUUGAACACUGGGAUUUGGGACAUUAUUCUCUAUGAGGAAAGCAUAUUGGAGACUGUAUGCAUUUAGGUAAUAGAGUUGUGAGGAUUAUAAAGACCGACCUCAAUAUUUAUUUUGUGUAUAAAUUUGCCAAUGAAAGAUA